CUGUCAAAAUAAAAUUGCUUAUUUAUUUUCUAAGCUUUCUUGAAAAAAAAACAAGCGUCAUUUUUCUCUGCACAGAUUAUGGGUAGUAAUAAUAAUGUAGACCAAAAUGUCGCUGUAACCGAACAGACAAUAUCCUGUUCACCGGAAUUAAUUGACGAGGAACGACUUUACGCCGAACUUGACUCGGAAGGGCGCAUAGUCAGCAGGACUAUGACCCCAUAUGAGUGUCAGCUCGAGGGUGAAGUGGAGCAGUUGCAAGAGGCGCUUUUUAAAAUCUCUUCCCAUUAUGCCAAAGUGCAAUUCAGACUGAGGCAAAUAUCAUUGGCUUCAGGUUACGAGAGAGACAAUCUGUUAAAAGAUCUGGAGCGAUUAACAGCAAAAGGACUAGAUGCGACUGGUCCCAUACGGGACGAAAAAUUCUCCAUGCAAGCCAAACAUCACGUAAAGCAAGACAAGAUUCUCUGCCAACUGCGAGGAAGUCUCGGAGACUUGGUCGAAACCACUGGUAUCUGCUUACAUGCUAAUCAUUACCCUAUCAUAACCAGAUCUUUGAGCAUUUCUACAGAUGCUUCCAAUAAAGCUCCCUGCAACAAAGUUGUCAGCGUCAGCCAGGGCGGUGGAAAAAGCUAAAAAAAAAUGUUGGCCAUGCUAAGGUAGAAAGAAAACAUGGCAAACAUGGAAGGCACGUGUUGUGAUAUUGAGUACGGAAAGCAAGAUACACAUUUUUUGCAUCCCAAGACAACAACUUAUUCGUAGAUAUUCUGGAAAAGUAGAAAAAGGAAGAUUGAAGCAUAUUGCAAGCGAUGAAAUUAUUUUAAGAAUGUGAUAAACAAAAUAAUUUCUUAGAAACUCGAAAAAAGACCGCUAGACCCCUAUUACGGAUCUUUUAUAGUUCUGCACUUAUCUUUAAUGAUAGUUCCAAAAGUUCUUACAAAAAAGAAUUAUUUAGAGCUGCUGUCGAAUAAUAUUAGAUUUAGUAUUAUGGUAAAAAGCAAAAAGUAACUGAGGGAUGGCAAAUAAAACGGGAAAAGAAGACGAAGACAAAAUUUUAAAAAGAUGAAAGGAUUUUUACAGAAAAUGGUCGCUAUGGUCGAGUUCCUCUACUAUCCAAUAACCGUUACUCAGCUAGUGGAAGUGCCAACAAGAAAUUUUGCCAUUAAAAAAUAAAAUGAAAAACAAUUUAAAAUUUUCCAAAA